CGUCGAGCGCCGUCAAGGCCAAAACGUUUUCCGACCUCUCCAUUCUCCACCAGGCUGUUUUGCGCGCCACCACCACCGCACCAUGCGCUGCCUCGCCGUCUCCGCCGCCACACUCAAACCCUAAACCCUCCACCGAAACCAAUGGCGUCCCUCCUCUGCUCUCCCGCCACAAAAUCCUUCUCCGUCGACACCUCCACGCUCUUCCUCUCCUCCCUGGCGUCACUGUCGCCCGCCCAGACCCACCCCAUCUCCGCCCCCUCCGCGACCCCGCCCGUCCCGGCCACCGUACCAUCCACAGCUCUCAUCCCUAACUCCAGCUUCCUCGUCGACGCCUUCCGCCACGCUGGCGACUUCUCCGUCGCCUAUUUCCUCUCCCACUUCCACUCCGACCACUACGCCGGCCUCGGCCCCUCCUGGCGCCGGGGCCUCGUCUUCUGCAGCGCUCCCACCGCGCGCCUCCUCGCCUCUGUGCUAUCCGUACCUUCGGAGCUCAUCGUCUCCAUUGACAUUGGCGCCCGCAUCACCGUUGAUGGCUGGGGCGUAGUCGCCGUCGAUGCCAACCACUGCCCUGGUGCCGUCCAGUUCCUUUUCACCUCCCCUGGACCAAACACGAAGAGGUAUGUACACACCGGGGACUUCCGCUAUACGGAUUCUAUGAGAAGCGACCCUAAUCUGCUGGAAUUUGUCGGUGCUGAUGCUGUAUUUCUGGACACCACCUACUGUAACCCCAAAUUUACAUUUCCUUCUCAAGAGGAGUCAGUGGAAUAUGUUGUGAACACAAUAAAGCAGGUGAAGGAGGAGAGUGAGGCAGCCGGAGAGCGUGUGCUGUUUUUGAUCGCGACUUAUGUUGUAGGCAAAGAGAAGAUUUUGCUGGAGGUUGCACGGCGCUGUGGGUGCAUGAUACAUGUGGAUAGCAGGAAGAUGAAAAUUUUGACAGGACUGGGGUUUGGUGGUGAGAAAGGAGUUUUUACUGAGGACGCAGCAGCAUCAGAUGUGCAUGUUACAGGGUGGAAUAUUUUGGGGGAGACAUGGCCCUAUUUCCGGCCGAAUUUUGUGAAAAUGAAGGAGAUCAUGAUGGAGAGAGGGUACACCAAGGCAGUUAGUUUUGUGCCGACCGGAUGGAUGUAUGAAACCAAGAAGGAAGGGUUUGCUGUUAGGGUGAAGGAUUCACUCAAGAUACAUCUUGUGCCUUAUAGUGAGCACUCGAGCUAUGAUGAGUUGCGGGAGUACGUGAAGUUCUUGCACCCAAAACAGGUCAUCCCAACUGUGGGAGUCGAUGGUGGGAAGCUUGAUGGUAAGGAGGCGAUUGCUCUGAAGAAACAUUUUGCGGGAUUAGUGGACGAGACGGCGAAUAAACACGAGUUCUUGUCAGUGUUCCAUCCAAGAUCGAUAUGUGCUACUCUUAACCAUGAGGAUGUGCUGGCUAAAUGCUUAAGGGAUCAAGAUGGGGAGGAGUUUGCUUCCUUACCAGAAAUCAAUAAUGCUUCUGAAUUAUCAGACAGUUCAAACAUUAAGAUUACAGAGGAAAUGAAGAAAGAACUAUCAGAUUUCCUACCAUCAUGGGUCAGCCAGGACCAAAUCCUAGGCCUGUUGAUGAGGUCAGGUGGUGAUGUUGUUCAAUCAGCAUCUGAUUUUUUUGAGCGGGAAAGAGAUUUCUUUGAAGAAGCAAAUGUUUCUAAUAAUGAAAUGUCUAAGUCAGGGGGAAUCCACACUUCUGAUCAUGGACCUUCUGCUGAUGUAAGUAGUCAGCAGGAAGUAACUUUAUUUUCAGAGAAGCCCAUGGAGCCUUCUACAAAGCUGGUGAACUUGACUCCUGUGAGAAUGAACUCGAAUCUUCCCAAGAAGGAAAGGAAGAGGGUUUCUAGCACUGCAAACAAGUCAAAAAAGAAAGGAAGGUCUGCUGCCUCAACAGAAUCUGGUGGGCGCAAACAGCCCACAAUUACAAACUAUUUUGGUAGAGCAAUGGCAGCUGCUUCUAAAAGCGAGACCGCCAAUAAAGUAACAGUGGACCCAUAUGAAAACAUUGGAGAGAAGGAGAAUGACACUCAGUUAACUGAUAUUGUAAAAACGCACGAGCAGGGCAUAAACCAGCUUCUUCAGAUUGUAGAUGGCAGCAUGUCCAGAGAAUCUGCAAUUUCUUUACUUGAGAAGACGAAAGGAGAUGUCAAUGUAGCAGUUGACAUGUUCUACAGUAAAAUCCAAAACAAUAACGUACCUGUUAAUGACAAGAGUAUUGUACCGCAGAAUACUCAAAAUGAAAUUAUAGAUAAAAAUAGUAACUCAGACAUCAUUCAAAGCUCUUCUCAGGCUACUCCAAAGAUGCAAAACCUGUAUGUACAAACUUCUUUAGCACAAGCAGAUUCGAUGAAUAUAUCAUUGCCAGUUGAAAAGUAUCUGCCGAUUGAGCAUGCUUGCUGGACAACAGGACAGCCUGCGCCAUACCUGCAUUUGGCUCGCACUUUCGAUCUGGUUGAGAGAGAAAAAGGAAAGAUCAAAAGUACUGCCAUGCUUUGCAACAUGUUCAGGAGUUUGCUUGCCUUAUCACGAGAUGAUGUGCUACCUGCUGUUUAUCUAUGUACUAACAAAAUUUCUCCCGGCCAUGAAAAUAUGGAACUAAACAUUGGCGGGAGUCUAAUUAUUUCUGCUCUGGUGGAGUCAUUAGGAACCAGCAGAUCUAAAAUACAUGAGAUGUACAAAACUCACGGCGAUCUUGGUGAUGUGGCCCAAGAAUGCCGUCAAAAUCAAACGCUACUUGCUCCUCCUCGUCCACUCUCAAUCCGUGAUGUAUAUUCCACACUUCGAAAGCUAAGUGCAAUAUCAGGUGGUGGGAGUGCUGGAAGGAGAAAAAUUCUUGUCUUGCAUCUUAUUCGGUCUUGCAGAGAAAUGGAAAUGAAAUUUCUUGUUAGAACACUGGCACGUAACUUGCGUAUUGGGGCUAUGAUGAAGACAAUUUUACCUGCUCUUGCGCAUGCUGUUGUUCUUGAUGGAAAAUGUGCAAAAAACACAGUGGUAUCCUUGGAGGGCAUCAAAUCAGAAUUGCAGGGCCUUUCAAGUGAAGUUACUGAGGCAUACAAUGUCAUUCCUAAUAUGGAUUUGCUUGUCCCCUCUCUUUUGAGAGAAGGCACUACAUUUGCAGCUUCGUCCUUAGCAAUGCUACCUGGCACACCUAUUCCACCUAUGCUUGCAAGAAUUACUAAUGGGCUCACUCAAGCACUGAAAUUGUUUGAUGGUAGAGCAUUUACUUGUGAGUACAAGUAUGAUGGUCAGCGUGCACAGAUUCACAGAUUAACUGGUGGAUCCGUGCAAAUAUUUUCAAGGCAGAUGAAAGAUUCAACUUCUCGAUUUCCCGAUCUAGUGAAUAUGAUCAAAGAGUUGUGCAGCCCUGAGGUGGCCAGCUUUGUACUGGAUGCUGAAGUUGUGGGAAUUGAUAGAAAUAAAGGAAACAAGCUGAUGUCAUUCCAAGAAUUGUCUUCGAGAGAGAGAGGGAGCAAGCACUCCUCAAUUACAAUUCAGAAUAUAAAGGUUGACAUCUGUGUGUUUGUUUUUGAUAUCAUGUUCUGCAAUGGAGAGAGGCUAUUGGAUUACCCUCUUCGACAAAGGAGAAACUAUAUCCAUGACUAUUUUCAGGAGAAGCCAGGACACUUUGAGUUAGCUCAGCAGCUAAUUGUUGAAAAAAAUGAAGCAUCUGUGGAUAAUUCUAGCACUUUACACAGAAUGAGCAGCUUUUUCGAAAAGGCAUGUCAGUCUUCUUGUGAGGGUAUAAUGUUGAAGACUCUAGAUGUUGAUGCUGGAUACUCUGCUUCCAAGCGCUGUGAUUCGUGGUUAAAGGUCAAGCGCGACUAUGUGGAAGGCCUUGGUGAUAGCCUUGACUUAGUUCCCAUCGGUGCAUGGUAUGGAAAUGGACGGAAAGCUGGAUGGUACAGCCCUUUUCUUAUGGCAUGCUACAAUCCUGACUAUGAAGAAUAUCAAAGUGUCUGCCGUGUUAUGUCUGGUUUCUCAGAUGAAUUCUACAAAGAGAUGAAGGAGUUUUAUUCUGAAGAAAGGAUACUGCCCAAGAAACCUGUUUACUACAAAACAGAUGAGCUGCCAGAGUUGUGGUUCAGUGCUGAACAAGUUUGGGAGAUCCGAGGUGCAGACCUUACAUUAUCCCCUGUACACCACGCGGCAACUGGGAUUGUCCAUCCGUCGCGUGGGAUCUCGGUGAGGAUGCCGAGGUACAUACGCUCUGUUCCAGAUCGGAGCCCAGAGGACUGUAGCACGGCUACGGAUGUUGCUUGCAUGUUCAAAGCUCAGACCAGGAAGAUGGAGGUCAGCAGCGAUGGCCCUGCCAGCAGUCACUAGUUACUAAAAUCUUGAUAAGGCCUUACGGUGCGUUUUGUACGUGUGCAUGAGCAGAGUAGUUUGAAUCAAACACUGUAUGUUCUUUUUCAUCUUUUGUAUAUACAGCACAUUUGGAAAAACCCUUUAAGACCAUAUUUUCCAGAAAUGUCCUUUUCCUGCA